CGGGGCGCACGGCGGCCGCGGGCGCGCGCGGUGGCUGCGCUUUCCGUUCUGGGCCGAGGCUCGCGGAGGAAAAGUUGAGGGGCUGAGAGGAGCUGCUUCGGGACAGGCAGCGAGCGCGACGCUGAGCCGGUUCCUAGUGCCCGCGGCCCCGCCAUGGACGACCUCGACGCCUUGCUGGCGGACUUGGAGUCCACCACCUCCCACAUCUCCAAACGGCCUGUCUUCUUGUCUGAGGAGACCCCCUAUUCAUAUCCAACUGGAAACCACACAUACCAGGAGAUUGUCGUGCCACCCCCUGUCCCUCCACCCCCGUCCAGUGAGGCCCUCAAUGGCACGGUCCUUGACCCCUUAGACCAGUGGCAGCCCAGCAACUCCCGAUUCGUCCACCAGCAGCCUCAGUCCCCGUCACCUGUGUACAGCUCUAGUGCCAAGACUUCCAGUGCCUCCGUCCCCCCGGACAGCCUUGGCCCUCCGCGCCCCCACGCCGGUGAAGAAGAGCACGUUUACAGCUUCCCCAAUAAGCAGAAGUCAGCUGAGCCUUCUCCCACUGUGAUGAGCUCCUCCCUGGGCAGCAACCUUUCUGAACUCGACCGCCUGCUGCUGGAACUGAACGCUGUGCAGCACAAUCCCCCAGGCUUCCCCAUAGAUGAGGACAACUCAAGCCCCCCACUCCCUGGAGCUCUGAGCCCCCACUAUGGCAUCCCUGAGAGUAACAGCCCUCUGGCGGGUAAAGCCGGGCCCCUGACAAAAGAGAAGCCCAAGCGGAAUGGGGGCCGGGGCCUGGAGGACGUGCGGCCCAGAGUGGAGAGUCUCCUGGAUGAGCUGGAGAGUUCCGUGCCCAGCCCUGUCCCUGCCAUCACUGUGAACCAGGGCGAGAUGGGCAGCCCUCAGCGAGUCACUGCCAGCCAGCAGCAGACGCGCAUCUCCGCCUCCUCUGCCACCAGGGAGCUGGACGAGCUGAUGGCUUCGCUGUCAGAUUUUAAGACCAAUUCCUCUGCUGUGGCCUUGAGUUCCCUGCCCACCUCAGCUCCAUCUUUGCACCAUGUACUUCCUUCCCCUUCUCCUCCUCCUCCUGGGCCCUCUGUUAUCUUGCCAUACACCUCUACACCCUCUUCUCAAGGCCUUGGUCACACCUUGGAUGUCCCCUGCAUGGAGGACAGUAAUGAACAGGGCUUCCUACCUCCUGUGGCCCCCAGUUGGCUUAAUUUGGCUGGUCUUGGAGUGAUACCUGCCACUUCCAAUGCAAGGGCUCUCUCUGCGGUGGGUUCUCUAGGACCAUUUGGUGCAGAGAGCCAGGCUCAAGUUUGGAAAGACCUACCAAACUUCAUGAGUGAGCUCUCCAGGACUCCCUGCUGCCACGUUCAACCCCAAGCUGGGGGCAUGGGUCCCCAGGAGUCUGGAGAGCCCCAAGGGCUGGUAGCCAACCCUUUGUACCUAGAGGAGGCCACAGCCAGCACGUGGGAGCAGCCAUGGACUUUGGAGGUACUCAGGCGCCAGACUCCCUGUGGAGCUGCAUCUAGCUUCCAGGAAGUAACUGAGUCUGCUGCUGUGGCCGCGGGCCGUCAGGCCAUCUUCCCAGAUACCUGCAGUCUCCUGAAGGACCAUGGACAGCGGGAGAGGGCAAAGGCAGAGCCAGGGGAGCUGGAAAGCAGCUGCCCUGCCCCAGUAGAUGAGGAGCAGUUAGGUGGAAAGAUGCCCAUGAGGGGAAGUCUGGUCAGGCCUACCCAGGGACCUGAGACCCCCUGGAGGCCAGAGGGCGCCACCGAAGCUGCUGCUGGGACCAGGAAGGAACAGUCGGAGCUUCCACAUGCCAUGGUCAUGGACACACCCAACACCACUGAGAGGAUUUCCACCUCUGGCCAGAUCCGAUCCGUGAUCAGGAGGAGCCGGGAGACGGGCCACGCACACCCCAUGUCCCGGGAGCCCUCCCCUCGCCGCCGGCUGGACCCCGCCACCCUGAGCAGGACUCCGUCCCAGGAGCGGCUCAUCGCAGAGCUGCAGGGUCGGCUGGGCAUCCAGCCAGAGGAGGAGGAGGCAGUGGGGGCCUCUGCAGAGGACUGGCUGACCGAGGGCGUCGUCAUCACUGUGCAGCCGUGCGGGAGGCGGGCAGGGGGGCAGCUUGUAGAGAAGGUUGUCUUCCCUCCUGGCUCUCCCAUUCCUCUGAGAAGAACCGUCUCUGUUCUGGCUCCUCCUUCUCCUCCUGUCCCAUUGCUCCAGCAUCGAAAAGACUCCUCGGCCAGCAGCUCUUCUCCCCCAGCUGCCCCUUGGGUCCUGGGGCCCCCAGCUCUCCCUCAGGGUUCCCUUAGGCUCCAGAGUGCUAGGGGGGUACUGCAGGAAGAGGGCAUGCAGGGCCCGAUCCCUCCUGCCCCUGCACCCCACACUCUGAGGUCCGUGAGCUGCCAGACUGACGAGGACCCGCUCUUCUCCUCGAUGCAGAUCCAUGGUCUGGAACAAAGAGUGGAUGGGGAGCUGUGUGGGGCAGCCAGAUGGUCUCCGAACGGCAGGCAGAGCAGUCCCGAAGGGCAGGACCAGGGAGGGUUCAUGGCCCAGGGGAAGACGGGGAGCAGCUCUCCCCCAGAAGGGCCCCCAAAGCCCGGGAGCCAGCUAGAUAGCAUGCUGGGGAGCCUGCAGUCUGACCUGAACAAAUUGGGUGUUGCCACAGUUGCCAAGGGUGUCUGCGGGGCCUGCAAGAAGCCCAUUGCUGGGCAGGUUGUGACCGCCAUGGGGAAGACGUGGCACCCAGAGCAUUUCGUCUGCACCCACUGCCAGGAGGAGAUUGGAUCCCGGAACUUCUUUGAGAGGGAUGGACAGCCCUACUGUGAAAAGGACUAUCACAACCUCUUCUCUCCACGCUGCUACUACUGCAAUGGCCCUAUUCUGGAUAAAGUGGUGACAGCCCUUGACCGAACGUGGCACCCUGAGCACUUCUUCUGUGCCCAGUGUGGAGCCUUCUUUGGUCCCGAAGGGUUCCAUGAGAAAGAUGGCAAGGCCUACUGCCGGAAGGAUUACUUUGACAUGUUUGCCCCCAAAUGUGGCGGCUGUGCCCGGGCCAUCUUGGAGAACUACAUUUCGGCCCUCAACACCCUCUGGCACCCUGAGUGCUUUGUGUGCCGGGAAUGCUUCACACCUUUUGUCAACGGCAGCUUCUUUGAGCACGACGGGCAGCCCUACUGUGAGGUGCACUAUCAUGAGCGGAGGGGCUCGCUGUGCUCCGGCUGCCAGAAGCCCAUCACAGGCCGCUGCAUUACCGCCAUGGCCAAGAAGUUCCACCCGGAGCAUUUUGUCUGUGCCUUCUGCCUCAAGCAGCUCAACAAGGGCACCUUCAAGGAGCAGAACGACAAGCCUUACUGUCAGAACUGCUUCCUCAAGCUCUUUUGCUAGGUGACCUCGUCCCUUUGUCGCCUCCCCUUCUCUGGCCCAGUCUCCCUAACUGCUACUGUGACCCAGAGGCCUCACCCAGGGGCGAAGGGGCAGACCCGACUGGAACUGGGAUGUCCUCAGUUGGUGCAGGAUGAAGAGGGCCGUGAGGGGUCCCACCGCUUUUCUUCCCAUGCCAGAGCUUCUCGGCCUCCUUCCUCCUCUGCAACUCUGCCAGGCUGCCAGCUCCUCCUCCUCCCCAGAGGUGGAGGCUGGAGGGCCCCAGCCCACCCCACGUGUGUCCCCACAAACCCUCCUGGCCAGGCCAGCACCCCGCACUGGAGCCUUCUCUCACUUGUAUUUCGGCAUUGGAGCCAGAGGGGAGGCAGGUAGGGCAGAGGGUCUCUUUUUAAUCUUAUUUCCUCCUGACAUAAUUAUCCUCAUUCUGAGGGAUACCCAGACCCCUCCAGAAAAUGCCAGCAUAAACCCUCCAUCCAGGGGCAGAUGUGCCCCAGGGGUCAUGGAAGCUCCAUGAGCUCCUCCCACCCUCUGGUCUCCCCAGGCCUGGGUGACUGCCCCUCACUGGCCCCCCAUAACUGCUCUGGUUCUACUGAGAAAGGCCUCUCCAGCAAUAACAUUUUAUAAUCACUUCCUCCGUCUCCAGGGAUGGUGUGAGGUGGGGGGUUUCACCCUGAGCCUGGACACUGUACCAACUUUGGUAGAUUUCUACACCGAGGUUUGAAUUCAUACUAUCUGUGAUGCUUUUACUCUCUAUACAAAAUAAUUUUGACAAGAUUUUAAAGGCCCCUUUUGUACUUCCUCCUUUUCCACUGCCACUGGUCUUCUUGGUGACAGUGGCUGUGGAUGGGGUUUGCCUUGUACUAAGGGCUUGGGGUGGGGAAGCAAUUUGUAUUUUAUUUUUUCUUAGCACAAGCAGGUGAACUCGGAGCAGCUCUGUGACUCCCCUUUAACUUCACAGCUCACCAGGACGAUUUUAUAAACUGCUGUAUUUUGAAAGCCCUUCCUUAACUACCCAGGCCAGCAAGCUCUGAACUGAAACUGGCCUAAGGGUAUCUUGCCCUUUGGGGCCUACGAUUCUGAACCUCAUUCUGAACCUCAUCCAUCCCGUUCCUGAGGGAGGAGAAAGGGAAAGUGCACUUUGGGGUGCUGCUUCCUGUCUAAGCCAUUAGGAGCAUCUGCUCCCCUGUGAACUUCCUGGCAACAAAGAGAAUGCACUGAACAUACUCGGCCUCCUCACCACUUCUCUGGGGCUCUUCUGCCUUCUCAGGAAAGCUGGUGUUUGAUUUUGACCAUGUUGAUUCCCACUGGGUGCAUCACCUCCCAAAUUUCCUGCUUUCCCUGGAGACUGGAGGUCUGGGGAGAAAGGCCCAGGUUGUUGCAAGGUGGGGGCCUGGUAGGACUCUGGGCAGAGGGACAGGAGCCUUCGGAAGCAAUGGGAAGCUCCCAGAGCUCUCCCCAAGCGGAAAUAGCAGGCUGGCCUGGGGUUUACUCAGCGGGAAGGAGCCCCAGUGGGGUCUAAAGAGAGAAGAUCCAGACCAUCCUGCUGUCUUCACAACAGAAGCGGAAUGCACUGGGGUCUCAGAAGAGGGUCCCUCCAUCAUGGCAGGGCUGGGAGCAGCCCAGGUCUGGGGAGGUCAGCCAGUCCCCUCCAAAGACCUGAUGUCUCCACUUCUACCCAUAGGCCUUAUUGCUCUGUUUACAGUGACCUGCCCCAAGCCCCUCCUCUAGAGUAACUGGGGUUUCUGGGGUCCACCCUCUGGGUCAAUGAUUAUUUGAUGAUUUGAUUUUAAUUUUUUUUUCUCUGUAAACUUCUAACUUGGCUUUCCCCCAUUUCAAUCCCUGUGAUUUAUGCCAAUAAAGUUUGCCAUUAUUUUCACCUGU